UGAAUUCUGUCUUGUGAUUUAUAUGUAGGUGCUUGAUUAGGUUUGUGGUAUUACCACACCUCACUGUUUUGUUACACAAGUCACAAACCGCAUCGUUUGAGUUAAUGGAAGUGAAGUAGCUCCACACAACUUCGCUUGCGGUCACCCAUAUCCAAUGACGCGUAGCAUGCACAUGGCUUGGCAGGCGGAAGAACAAGUAGUUCCGACUAAGUUGGCAUUAUUCAGAGAAACUAUGGUAAUAGUGGUUAUUUUUCGCAGUAUUUCUAUUUCCAAUAAGCUACAUAUUUGCACUAAAUAUCGAUAUUUUGUAAAGAUAAUCGAUUCUAGAACAUACAAAGCUGGUAUCGGAGAUAUCGAUAUUUUAGUAUCGAUCCGCACAUCACUGCUCGCCAAAAGCGAAGAAAGAACAAGAAGAACAAACAAGGAAAACGAUGGUGUUUUUAAAAAGUUGUACGAGACGAAAAUGACGAUUGUAAGAACUAGCAUUCUGCUUGUAGGUAAGAGGAGCUGCCCGUGAACGUUUGUGCUGUCCGGGAUGUAUUCCAGUCUUGUGUUUGCUGUGAGAAGGCAAAACAGAACAAUGCAACGACAUUUUUUGUACAUUGCCGCGAUCUGGAAAUGCUUGCGGUCCCAGUGAAUAUAAAUCAGCUGCUGGAGAGUGUUGUCCGAUGUGCAGCGUUGGAUCAAUAGUUCGCAGUGACUGCAGUGGUGAUUCAAGCACCACAUGUAAACCCUGUCCUCCAGGAACAUUCAUGAAUGAACCAAAUGGACUCUAUAAAUGUUUCCCUUGCAGAAACUGUGCCGAAGAUCAAGGUCUUUAUAUCCAGAGUAAAUGCACAACAAUGCAAGACAGCAUCUGUGAUGUGCUUAAUGAUCAUUACUGCAUUGAGCUGUCAAAUCAACAGUGCAGUCAUGCUGUACGACACAGCAUUUGCAAAGCAGGACAAGAAACAAAAACACAAGGAACAAAGAACACAGAUACAGUUUGUGUGGACUGCGCUCCUGGGUUUUAUUCUCCAUCAGGUAUAAACUGUACCAAAUGGACAAAUUGUUCAGCUAUAAAUGAAAUACAGACAGGAAAUGGAAGCUUUGUAAAAGAUGUCACAUGCACACCGAAAUCCCGGGAAAGAUAUGGUCUCAUAUGCAGUGUCACACUGUCUGUGGCUGUAAUAAUACUCUUUAUUUCUUCUAACCUGUUUUCAAAGUGUCGGGAAAAUCUAACAAAUGCUGUUCAGGAAACUGUUGAUUCUAAUAUGACUAUAUCUAACAGCACACCGGAGGAAAUCAAUGAGCAGUAAUACAUUUUUUUCAAAACUCUCGAGCAAACCCAGGCUUCUAUCUCUAUAUCAUGCACUUCUCCGUGUGCUGUGACCUUGACGUGGUGGAGAAGCUUAAGUCCUUCCAGAAACUUCCACCUGAAAUAGUUUUCUUCACCAGUGUAUUGAAGAACGCCAGGGUAAACUCAUCUAGGAGGGAAAACCAACAACAGCAAGAAGUAAAUCAGCAGAGAGUAAGAAGGAUCCAUACAGUUGGAACAGAAAAGGUCACAAUGUAAAUUAUAUUAGUUUCAGCUUACAAAUCAGGCUUCGUAUUUACUAGAGCUUUGUGUUAUGUUGUGCUCAUAAUGGUAACGCCUCAAUAAUCAUUUGCUGUUUAAUAUCACACGUUUUACUUGUCUACUUUACUGCUUUUGAGUUUAAUAUAGAUUUCAUACUGUCUGUACUUUAUUUUAAUUAUGUAUAUACAUUCAAAGUCCCCCUUUAUAUUGGUUUCCUAAUUUCUGUUUCACGGAGAGAUCUGUUUCAACACAUUUCUAAACAUAAUAGUUUUAAUAACACAUUUCUAACAACUGAUUUAUUUUAUGUUUGCCAUAAUGGCAGUACAUCAUAUUUUACUAGAUUUAUUAAAAGAUACUAAUAUUCAGCUGUUAGAAUGUCAAAUCAA